AUGGCCUAUGUUACAAUUAGGCGUGAAAUCUCAAGGCGUGGGAUUAUGACCCACACUUCAUCACCGGGAAAAAUUCCCUCAGAAAUAGGGAGAGGGUUGGCCGUUAAACGCCGGUCGGAUGCCUCAUUCCGACGUGAUAUGGAGGGCAAAACUCACCUGAGAUGUAGUCACUGUGGAGGUAUCCGUCACACAAAGGAAGGAUGUUUCAAGUUAAUCGACUUCCCGGAGUGGUGGGAGGAACACCGGCAACGGAAAGCCGACACCAAGGUUCAGUCAGCUAGAACCGGCGGCAAGGCUCACUUGGCCACCGGCGUUCCCUUUCCCACCAGCGAACCAACCCACUACACAGAGACAAAGGAAGGCAAUAAUGACGUCGAAGCUAUUGAAAUUGCAGAGGCAGUUAUCGGGGCGUUGAAUGGGGAGCUUGCAGCAACUGCAUUAAACGCACCCAUGGUUCCUGCUGAGGUCCUCAAUGAGCUGAAACCAUUUGUUGAGCUCUCGGAAAAACUUGGUCGACUGGCUAUCCAAUUGGUAGCAGGCGGAAGUGGUGUUAAAUCGGUGAAGGUGGGUUAUGCCACUUCAAGAGCACCCGAUGAUCUCGACACCCGGGUGCUCCGAGCCAUGAUUACCAAGGGUUUGAUUGAGCCCAUUUCAAGCACCUUUGUGAACUUGGUAAAUGCUGAUUUCACUGCAAAGCAGAGAGGACUUCGUAUUACAGAAGAGCGCAUUCUUCUCGAUGGAUCGCCCGAAAGCCCACUUGAGUCCAUCCACAUCCAGAUUGCUAAUGUAGAAUCAAAAUUCGCUAGCGCAAUUUCAGAAACCGGGGAGAUUAGGCUUCAAGGAAAGGUUAAAGAUGGAGUGCCCUAUUUGACUAAAGUUGGGUCCUUUGAGGUUGAUGUCAGCUUGGAAGGUAGCAUAAUUUUUUGCCGACAGGUUGAUCAACCCGGAAUGAUCGGAAAGGUGGGAAGCGUUUUGGGAGAGGAGAAUGUGAAUGUCAAUUUUAUGAGCGUUGGAAGGUUGGCUCCGAGAACCCAUGCUGUCAUGGCAAUUGGAGUCGAUGAGCCACCUAGCAGUCAAGUAUUGAAAAAGAUUGGUGAAAUUCCAGCUAUCGAAGAGUUCGUAUUUCUUAAGUUAUAAUUUUCUUAGACGCGUGACUCGAAAGUAUUAUUCGAGACGUUCUGAUAGAGAGGGUUGAUGAUCAAACCUAGCUAUUAGGCUGUCGAACGAUCCGAGAGGUUCUGGUUUUGAAGACUUGUAUUCUUAUUGCUAUUAUUUUCAAGUUAUUAGUCCAAUAUAGUACCAAUUUUGGUGGGUUUCGUCGAAUGUAACCAACUUUUAACUUGUAUCGGGUUAAUAAUGAGUUAUGCGGAAGAGGUAACAUGAGCCCAAGAUGUUGAUCGAAGGUUCUCCAUUUCAUUCA